AUGCCAACCACACUGAAAGCAAACGACGUGGGCAUCAACCUCGAGAUCGCAGCACCUCCCGGGUGGACCUUUGCCGCCGGGGACACCAUCAUCGGCAAUGUCGUGCGCCGGCAACCCAUCGUGGCCCCCGAGGCCAUCGUGAGGCUGGCGCUGGUGGGCCGCGUUAAGACCAAGAUCACUAUCAAGCGCGGGAACAACAACCGCAGCGUGUAUCGCGGCCGAUGGGAUCUUCUCGGUGAGACAGAACAAACCAUCUUCCGGGGCCCAGUUCACCUGCCACCGGAGAGUGCUGAAAGUCUUACUUGGCCUUUUGAGGUUCCCAUCCCAACGUCUCCUGCGCCGUCGGUUUUGCUGGGCCAUUGCAGUGAAGAAAGCUUUCUGCCGCUGAAUAAAGAGAGCGUUGCGUAUCAGCCCUUACCGGGGACGUUCUUUUCUAGCCGAACUGGCUGGAAUACCGUCUCCGAGGGAUUCGUCGAGUACUACCUGCAAGCUGAACUGCGGUAUAAUCGUGGCGGAUCAUGGGAUAUUCGUAAUGCCACAUGUCCUAUCACUUUGCGCCAGCCGUCCCAGCCUCCUUUACUCGACAACGACCUUGGAUAUCGGCACGUGCCGAUGUCGGCUAAGAGCCAGAGACUAAUACCGGGGAUGGAAGAUGCCGAUCUAUCAUUCAAACAAAAGACACAAAAGCUCUUCGGCUCGUCGAAAGUGCCUGAGUUCCAUUUCAUGCUGGACGUGACAUUCCCACGGAGAGUCCAAUUCGACAACCCAUCGCCCAUUCCGUUCAUCAUUGGCAUCAGGCCGGACGAAGUCCGCACGACCGACAGCAUUCAAGACGUCGUUCAAACGAUCCAGUUGAACUGGCUCAGAUUAAAGAUCAAAACCAACACUGUGGUUCUGGCACCGGGGAACUUUGACCCGACCCAUCCUCAUACUGAUAGCCAGCCUGAGGAUUAUCAUUUGGGUCUGGAGAGGCUGUUUCGCAGACUAGAACACCCAAUUACCUUCACCACCGGGAAAGGAAACGAGCCAGUUAACAUUGGGGAAAUGUUUCAGCUUGUUCUUCGCACGGAUGGGCUGUAUACUCGAGGAGCGCGUCUCGCACCUGUACCUCGCAUUCAGCCGGACUUUGUCACUUACAAUAUUCGGCGGAGCAAUGCGCUGUCGUGGGAAAUAUCCUUGACGGUGGCAGGAGAAGAUCUCACAUUUAAGGGAUCCUCUGAGCUGGAGAUAUUAGGGGACAGGGAUUUGGAACAAUUUCAGGGUUCCUCGUCAUGA